GUAGCCUGACCGGGCCUUAUUAGUUCAAGGCCAUACCAUUUUGUUUGAGAGCUUAUGCUGACGAGCCGGCGCCCUAAACCUUAAAUCCUUCUGGAAGGCGAGCGCCCGCCGGCGUAGAGGUGCACAGAAAUGGUGUGGUUUCACUGCGAGGACUGUGGCGACACGAUCAAGAAGCCCAAGGUCGUCAACCAUUUUCGCAUGUGCUCGGCCAGCCGCUUCUCCUGCGUGGACUGCCUUCAAUACUUCACCAGGGCAACGGUCCAGACCCACAGCGUCUGCGUGACUGAGCAUGAGAAGUACGCGCUAGCCGCGACCAAGCCCGGAGGAUUCGCCGCCGGCGGCCUGCCCGCCGCCCGCGCGGGAGGCCCCACCGCCGCCUCUGACGCUCCCGCCGAGCCCACCGGCCUAGAGUUCCUGUCCACACGCCCCCCCUGGAAGUGCACGGUCUGCAACGUCAACUGCACCAGCCGGGAGACGCUCGUGAACCACGCCGCCGGCGCCAAGCACAAGCGCCGCGCGCGCGCCGCUCUAGCGGCACAGAACGGCGGCGCAGCCGCCGGUGCCGCAGGCGCUGGCGCCGCAGGUGCCGGCGCGAACGGCAACGGCGCGGCAGCGGCGCCUGCGGCGCCGGCGGCCAACGGCAACGCGGCUGGCCAGAAGCGCAAGGCGGACAGCAGCAGUAGCAGCGACUCUUCGUCUUCGGACGAUAGCAGUAGCAGUAGCGGCUCGGAGGACAGCGCGGACAAGAAGAAAAAGGCGGCGGCGCCCGCCGCCAAGCGUCAGGCGGUGGGUGCCGGCGCCAAGCCGACGGCCAAGAAGGCGGACAGCAGCAGUAGCAGCGAGUCUUCUUCCUCUUCGGAGGACAGCAGUGACUCUGACGACAGCGGCGACCAGAAGAAGAAGGCGCCGGCAGCAGCGGCUGCCAAGCCCGCGGCGGCGGCUACCAAGAAGGCUGACAGGUCGUCAUCAUCCUCUUCCGAUGACUCCUCCUCAUCUGAUAACGAGAGCAGCGAGGACUCAGACGACAAGAAGAAGAAGAAGGCGCCGGCGAAGGCGCCGGCGGCUGCCGCCGGCAAGCCUGCUGCCGCCGCCGCCGCUGCGGCCCCGGCGGCUAAGAAGGCGGCAUCCAGCGGCUCGUCACCUUCUUCCUCAGAGGACGACUCGUCUUCCAGCGACGAAUCCUCUGACUCUGACUCGGAUGACAAGAAGGCGAAGAAGGCGCCGGCCGCCAAGGCCGCCGCCGCCGCCGCCGCCGCGACCAAGCCCGCGGCCGCCAAGCCGGCUGCGUCCUCGUCCUCGUCGGAAAGCAGCUCGGAGGAGGAGGAGAACAGCAGCAGCAGCGACUCGGAUUCGGACUCCGGCGACGCCAAGACGUCAAGCCGGCCGGCCUCGGAGCCGUCCAAGACCCCCGUGUCCAAUCGCUCCGCCGCCGCGGCUAAGGCCGCUAAGGCGGCGGAGGCGGGCGGCGACGGCAGCGGGCAGGGCAGCGGCCCUGGCACCUCUUCCUCCUCCUCCGACUCGGAAUCAUCGGACUCGGAAUCUUCGGACUCGGAUGAUGGCGACACGAAGAAGGCGGCGAAGCCGGCGGCAGCCGCCAAGCCCACGCCCACUCCCACCGCCACCGCGACGCCCGCCAAGAAGGCCGCUGCCGCUUCCUCGGGCGACGACAGCAGCAGUAGCAGCUCGGAGGAGGAGAGCAGCAGCGACGACUCGGAUUCGGACUCGGACUCUGGCGACGCCAAGGCCACCAAGGCCAAGGCGACGCCGGCGGCGGCGCCCGCGUCUUCGGGCAAGCGCAAGGCGGCCUCCAGCAGCAGCGGCGACGACUCGUCUUCGAGUGACGAGUCGGACAGCAGCAGCGAAGACAGCAGCAGCAGCGAAGACGAGGCGCCGGCGAAGAAGACCAAGAAGAAAUAAAUGAUGUACUGCUUGACAUACGGUCGCGACAAGCUUGUGGCGGUGGUGGUGGCCGAGCCCUCUGUGGCGCGAUGGCAACGGAUAUAACGUGGAGGGUGCAAGGGCGGCGGCGCGCGUGCUCGGGUUUUGAUUAUUUGUUGACUGACCGUGUUUUGACGUUUGGGGCCGGGCGAGCAACGAGCCAUGCGGUGCGCGUACGGUACUGUGCGUGCACAAGAACUUUUGACGAGCGUGAACCGUGAUUGACGCCAUGUGCUUACUGACCAGGGAGUUCAUUGCUUUUACUGAUGAAGGGAGGCCGCGUAUAAAGUGGGCGAUUGGUAUAGGCACCGUUAGAUAGCUGUGCGGGGGUGGGCGUGAGAGCGUGUGGCAUAGGUAGUUGUAGAGAGCAAGACACGAGAGCAAGAGAGGACUGAGCAAACCAAGAUGAGUCGAGGCCGCGAGGCUGAGCACAUUGCAUGCUCCAGGGCUAACAGAUGCAGGAUGGCUUACAUGUGUGACGAGGUAGGGGAGUGGCGCGCGCGGCUUUGCCCAUGACGCGACGGGCGAAGCGGUUGGACGAGAGCAGGCCUGUAGCAGGCAGGCUGGGGCAGCGCUGCGGUGGGGUAUCACAUUGAUUACCCCCCAUCGUGGAUAUCCUUCGGGGAUUCUUGUAAUGCUUCGAAAUA